AGAAUUAUGAUGGUUAUUAUAUAAAUGUGGCGUAAGUGUGGAUGAGUUGCUUAGUCCAUAUCCAUGCUAGAGGUCGGAGCGCAGUGGCGCGGAGAACUCGCCUCGCGGGAGGGAAGUGCAGAGCGCGCGACUUCCUGCUAUUUAACCGCCGCUACUGCUGCUGCCCUGAGCGCUAUGUUGACUGGAGAACAUCUGUAGCGCCCGCCACGGUGCUCGCACGCUAGUCGGCCGGCGAAACAAAACGCUCACAAAACAGCAAUAUCAGGAGCCAGCAGCGAACGCCUUGUGGCUUGUGUACGCUGUUUAUCGUCGCUAGUAUAAACGACGAGGGUGCGUUUUCUUGAACUUAGUUGGCCGAGGUGCUGGUGGUGGCGGGUGGGGUGGUUAGCUACUAGCCGUAGCUCACCUGAGUGCGCACGGACGCCGCCGGGACGGAUUUCGCGGCGGUGAUGAGCACUCUGUGCCGCCCACGAGGCAGUCAGCGCUCCGUCGUUUGAGAAGUGAAGAGAGGACCCGGGGACGGACGGAGCACCAUGAAGAAGCAGUUCAACCGCAUGAAACAGCUCGCCAACCAGACCGUUGGCAGGGCUGAAAAGACAGAAGUCCUCACUGAUGACCUUCUGCAGAUUGAGCGGCGCUUAGAGACCGUGCGAGUUGUUUCCCACAACACGCACAAGAGGAUGGUCGCUUGUCUUCAGGGGCAGGUUGGCACAGAUGCAGAAAAAAGACAUAAAAAGCUGCCACUGACAGCACUAUCACAGACCAUGCAGGAUGGAGGCGGUCAGCUUGGGGAGGAGUCUCUGAUUGGUAAGAUGAUGGAGGUGUGUGGAGAGGCAGAAAGCAGGCUGGCGAUGGAAUUGACGCAACAUGAGGUUCACAUUGAGAAAGAAGUACUGGACCCCCUCAACCAGCUGGCAGAGGUGGAAAUUCCUAACAUACUGAAACAUAGAAAACAGCUGGCCAAACUUGUGCUGGACUAUGAUUCAGCUAAAGCUAGAUGGUUGCAGGCAACCAAGUCAAUAAUCUCAGGAACAAACACCCAAGCACUGACGGCCAAGGCUGACUCCCUCAAAGAAGAGGUGGAUGAAGCCCUGAAUAAAGUGGAGCUUUGCAAGGACCAGCUGGCUGCGGACCUGUACAGUUUCUUCUCCAGAGAAGGAGACCAUGCGUGUUGUUAUGUUACAUUGUUAGAAGCACAAGCUGAUUACCAUAGAAAAUCCCUGUCAGUCCUGGAGAGCGUCUUGCCCACUAUCCGAGCACAACAAGACUCAUGGACUGAAAAGCCUGCUUUUGGGACAGCCCUGGAUGAGCACCUGAAACGCAGCGGCCGAGAGAUUGCGCUCCCCAUUGAGGCCUGUGUAAUGAUGCUGCUGGAGACAGGCAUGAAGGAGGAGGGUCUAUUUCGGAUUGCUGCAGGGGCUUCCAAACUGAAGAAACUGAAGGCAGCCCUAGACUGUUCAACUUCUCAGCUAGAGGAGUUCUACUCUGACCCGCAUGCUGUUGCUGGUGCCCUCAAAUCCUACCUGAGGGAGCUGCCUGAGCCUCUGAUGACCUUCCAGCUGUAUGAUGAAUGGAUAAUGGCAUCCAACAUGUCUGACCCUGACAAAAGGCUGCAGCACUUGUGGAUGACAUGUGACAAAUUACCAAAGAAUCAUAAAGCCAAUUUCAGGUAUCUGGUAAAGUUCUUGGCUAAGCUGGUUCUGGAGAGUGAGGUCAACAAGAUGACUCCCAGCAACAUAGCAAUUGUCUUGGGCCCUAAUCUGCUCUGGGCUAAAACAGAGGGGAGCCUGGCAGAGAUGGCUGCUGCGACUUCUGUUCAUGUGGUGACCAUAAUUGAACCAAUCAUCCAGCAUGCAGAUUGGUUCUUCCCAGACGAUGUGGAGUUCAAUGUAUCAGGCAUGUUUGCUAUGCCCACGCCUCCCGCGAACAACACAAACCACGUGACCAUGCCUGAAUCUGACUCUGGGUCGGGCGCUACAGAGCGGAAGCGGCCAGGCAGCACAGGUGGCCCGGAGGCUGACAAUACCCGCAGAGACAGCCCCACUAACAAAUUAUCGGACCACAACCCACGUAGAGUGAGCAGUCUUAAUAGAAAACAGCACGUUUCCCCCGCGUUCCAGCCCCCCUUGCCCCCCAUUGAGACUGGGGGGGCUGUGCUGAUGCAGCCUGCUGUCGAGCUGCAAGUUCAGCCAGUGGGCUCAGAGCCUGGCCAGACGAGCUUGGCGCAGGGUGUGGCCGCAGUGGUCCCAGCCCAGCAGCCAUUAGUCCUGAGCACUGAUGACAACGGCUCCUCCAAACUGAGCCGUGAACCAGCUUUCACGCACGCACCUCAGAAGAAUGGCGCAUCAGGCGUGCCAUCGGCUGCCCUUGCCUCAGCUGGUGGUCACGGACAGCUGAAUGUGGGGACCCCACAGGCUGGCUCCACGGGUCCAAGUCCUCACAUGAUGCGUAGAGGUACAAAGAAGCCUGCACCUGCCCCGCCAAAACCAGCUGGUCCUUCUUCAGCUCCCUCAAGUGUCCAAAACCAGUCAUCCUCAGGAACAUCCCCAGCUCCCAUCACAGCACCCAAACCCCUCUCCAGUCCCUCCCCAGCUGCCCCGAAUCCCAGUCCAAGCACACCUCAGCCAUCAGCAAUGCCUCGCAGGCUUUCCAGCAACCAGCCACCAUUUCAGGCCCCAAACCACCCACCCCCCCAGCCCCCAACACAAGCCACACCUCCAUCCCAGCCCAAAAUCCCUAUGCGGACAGCAGCAGAGUAUGGCACUGAGCACAGUCCCCCCAGCACUCCCACCCCUCCAGACACGCCUCCGCCUUCCACUCCUUUUAGUGACAGCUUCCACACCCCGACUGCCUCUCCCUUCUACUCUGGCUCUCUCCCCCGUCCACGGCCCGUGCCCAGGCCUAGGAACCGCCCCAGUGUGCCCCCUCCACCGCAGCCUCCCUCACCUGGUCUUGAUGCUUCCAAUGGCAACAGUGGUGCAGCCUCUAAAAACAACUAUGGUUGAGGAUCUUGCUAAGUGGAAGAUUCUGCUGUGGCUCUUACAACACUGCACCAUGUCCUUAUACCUGAGCUUGCUGUGGACCAGCAUGCCAUGUGCCCCUCUGCCAAAGAGCCUGCUGUUGCCACACCUAAGGACCCUGAGCUGGAAUGCGAAAGCACUGCCUUCUGAUGGGGACAAUGUCCCUGACCAUCAAAUGCCUCUUUCUCUGUGCCUCCUCUUUGCCAUGAUAGUAUCUGUCUGGCUCUGUCUUAUAAACACACACUCAAGAUUGAAUAACUGUCACCUGCCCCCUCCCAACAACCCAACCACUUUAGAUGACCAAAAUUCUUAAAAAAAAAAAA